AUGACCACCCUGCCCCACACCAUGACGAACGCCUCCAGCAACCCCGUCAUGACUCAGAGCAACCAGACGUGCUCCAGCUACAACCUGACCUUCAAAAACAGCCUCUAUGCCACCAUGUACACCCUCAUCUUCAUCCCCGGCCUGCUGGCCAACAGCACUGCCCUGUGGGUCCUGUGCCGCUUCCUCAGCAAGAAGAACAAAGCCAUCAUCUUCAUGAUCAACCUGGCCGUGGCCGACCUGGCUCACGUCCUCUCGCUGCCCCUGCGGAUAUACUACUACAUCAGCUCCACCUGGCCCUUCGGGACAUCCCUUUGCUUGCUGUGCUUCUACCUGAAGUACCUCAACAUGUACGCCAGCAUCUGCUUCCUCACCUGCAUCAGCCUCCAGCGGUACUUCUUCCUGUACCACCCCUUCCGCGCCAAGGACUGGAAGCGGCGGUACGACGCGGCCAUCAGCGCCGCCGUCUGGCUCUUCGUGGGCUUGGCCUGCUUGCCCUUCCCCAUCAUGCGCAGCGAGGGCCUGGCAAAAGGCGCCCACGUCUGCUUCGCCGACCUUCGGGUCUCUCAGAUCGGCAGCAAGGUGGCCACGGUGGUGAUGCUGGGCGCGGCCGAGCUCUUCGCCUUCGUCGGCCCGCUCGUCAUCAUCUUGUUCUGCACUUGGAAAACCAAAGCCUCCCUUCGGGGCUUCCAGAUUCCCCUGCAGAGCGGCAGCGAGCAGCGCAAGGCUUUGAGGAUGGUUUCCAUGUGCGCCAUCGUCUUCUGUGUCUGUUUUGCACCAUACCACAUCAACUUCUUCUUCUACAUGCUGGUGAAAGAAAACGUCAUCACGGAUUGCUUCGUGGCGACCGUCACGCUCUACACCCAGCCCUUCUGCCUGAGUCUCGCCAGCCUGGACUGCUGCUUGGAUCCAAUCUUGUAUUUCUUUAUGACUUCAGAGUUUCAGGACCAGAUAACAAGGCACAGCAGCUUGGCCAUCAGGAGUCGGCUCAUGAGCAAAGAGAGUGGCUCAUCAAUGAAGGAGUGA